AGAGGAGCUCGUAUAGGUACUGGAGGAACCGCUAGAUUCACUCUCGUCGGCCGGGAGUUGGCGCACUCGGACCCAAAUAGAUGCACGGAGGGUGCGUGCGCAGGCGCAGAGGGUCCUUCCGGUGCCAGACCGUCCUUUGAGUUUCCGCUGGUGGAGAUUCUGGGUCUUUGCUGUGGGGUGAGGCAGCUCGUGGCCGGACACGGUUCUUGUACGCCUUUUCGGCUCAUUUUUGACGUCGAAAUGCCUAAGAAAGCUGGUGCGACGAACAAGGCCAGUGACAAAAUUCUGUGGUGUCGAGAGGGUGGGCCGCAGGGAUGCUGGUUGAGAAGCGCGGGAGAGAAGCAGGGCCCGGGCCGCACGGGGCCCGGUGAGCCGAAGGCCCCGCCAACAAAUGAGUCCGGGGCCCAGGAUCCCCAAACCUGGGGCUCCUUUUUCCUCCUCCUGGCCUCACGCCGCGGUGCACCCGGUCGCCCAAGGCAGGUCCAGGCGUCAGAUAAGAGUACAGAGGCGAAGUCGGAGCGCCUGGGCCGGGCGGCACACAGGGCUCUCUCAUCUGGAUUUGCGGACCUCUCCGACCUCAUUUCUCACACUCUCAGACGGCCACUUCUUGUUCCAGCAGCACCAAAAAGCUUGUGCUUUCCUGGAAAACACUAUUCUGCAUUCUAUCUCCUUGCCAUCACUAAAGAGCAUCCAUUCUGUCAAGAAAACACCACUGCCCCCUUGCCUUCCGCGACGUUUGUGUGGCUAACGCCAACUAUUUCUAAGACUCAUUUUAAGCAUUGCCUGAUGCUGGCAGCUUCCUCGGUGUUCAAGGCCGGGCUGCCGCCUUCUCUCUGUUCAGGAAUGCCCCGUGUGUAUCUCUUAUCCGUACACUUAGUAUAGUAUUACUUUUAAUUAUAAUUACGUUUGUUUGUGCCUUAUACAUCUCUAUAUAUUAAUUGCCUAACAGACUGCCUCAGUGCAUAGUUAAUAUUUGUUGAACGAAUUAAAGUUCUGAGCACAACUUCUGUGUAGUAAGCAUGUAAAUAUCAGUCAUUGUCGUUCCUUCUCCCUUCCCCACCAAAACACUCUCACUGUAUAUACACGUCCAAACUUGGUUCACAAACCAACGCUUAUUAGCUCAUACUGCAUUGAAAACAAAGAUGACUAAUAACUGGUCUCUGCUUCUGAGGAAUUGGACAGUAAGAACCAGAACUAAGGGUAAAAGCCAGAGCAAGGAACCAGAGAGACCACUUCCUCCCUCUGGUCCUGUGGCAGUUGAUCCUAAAGGUUGCGUCACCAUAGCCAUCCAUGCCAAACCUGGCUCCAAGCAAAACGCUAUAACAGAUUUGACACCUGAAGCCGUAAAUGUAGCUAUUGCAGCACCUGCCUCAGAAGGAGAGGCUAAUGCAGAGCUCUGUCGAUACCUUUCCAAAGUCUUAGAACUCAGGAAGAGUGAUGUGGUUUUGGAUAAGGGUGGUAAGUCACGUGAGAAAGUGGUGAAGCUUUUGGCCUCCACAACUCCAGAAGAGAUCUUGGAGAAACUGAAAAAGCAAGCUGAAGACAAAUAGAGGCCAGAAAUGAAAAAUACUUCUGUGAGAAACUUUUUUACUGCUAACAGUGAAGAGGCUGUUAAAUAGGAAAACAUAUUUAAAUACAGAAGAACACAGAAAUGUAUUUUUUGAUUAAGAACAAAACUAACAAAAGAAGUAGAAAUUCAAAAAGUACUAUUCAUUGAUUUCAGGGCUUAAAAGCCCCGACCCAAAACAGCUUGGAACAUGUGACUAUGAUUUCAUGGCACUAUAAAAUAACAGAGCUGGAAAGGAUAUUCAAGAUGACUUCACUUCACCCCUUUCAUUUUAUGAUGGAACGUCUAGUAUCCAGAGGUUGAGAGACUUAAGAUCACACCGUGCAAGAUGGUAACUAGAACCUAGGUUCCUUGAUUCCUAGUUGAAUGCAGUUUAUUCUAAUCAUAAAUUAAGAUAUUUCCAUUCAUGCUUUACUUGUUUAGAACAUUUCUGGAAUUCUGGAGAUUGCCUUCUAAUCCAGUUAACAAGUGACAGAAAAAUAUCUGUCACUGCAUUGUAGUCUUACCAUAUAUUUAAAACACUAACCUAAAUGCAAAAAUGUUUUCUACAUAUUUUAAAACUAUAUUGAGCCUUUUAUGAAAAAGUAAGAAAAAUCCAGACUUGAAAUUUAUUGAUGUUAAUUAUAGUAAGACGUGAAUGUUUUUUCCCUCUGAACAUUGAUGGUAACUGCACUCAUCAAAUCUGGUAGUUCAUGUGAAUCUCCAAAGAUCCUUAAAAGAAGAAAGAGGAUCUGGAAGCUAUCUUCAGUAUUUGUAAAAGCUUUUCAGAAAUCACAUCUAUAUUAAAGCUUCAAAAGCUAAUAACAGAUAUCUUCUUUUUACAUAUUCAGUGCAUGUUAUAGUAAUUUAGUACAGUAAAUAACUUGAUUACCUUGUGCUAAUCAGAAGAGCUGAUUUGUAGUUGUGUGCUUUGUCUAAUAAGUACAAGAGAAUGUAUUGAUAGACAAAUCUUUAGAAACACAAAAUCCACAAAAGGGACCAAUACUAAAAAUUCUUGUUGGUAAGAGCUGGAAAUACUCAUCUGAUACAACUCUCUUAUUUUGUUAGUAUGAGCUGAGGGCAAGAAGAGUUAGGUGGUUUAUCCAUGAUCACAGUGCACAUCUAUGGCAGAGCCUGCAUUAAAGCUCAGUAUCUUGUCUUAGAAACCAUUCUGCCUCCCAAUAGGCUUCUGUUCUAUGUGAUCUUGGCUUAAGAACUUUUCCCACUCUUUUUUCAACACUGUUCCAGUAUGUGCACUCUGAAAGCAUUUACUUGUGUUUAAAUAAUGUGUAUCACUGUUUGUUAGUAUACUUUCCUUGGCAAGAAAUAGAAACUCAACUCCAUGUGUCAAUAAAGGGAUACACAGCUGGAAAAUCCA